AUGCAGGAUAUUGGGCUUGAUCAGUCCCCCUUUGUAGAUCGGCUCCUGCAGAUAGGGAUUCUAUGGGGCAAGUUACGGACCGAGUCCUGGGCCAGAAGCAACAACACCUUGGCGAACGUGGGUGGGGUGGCCGAGCGUGCGGGUGUGGUGGCGCCCAUACAUUUCCCCCGGUGUUCCCUGGGGACGCAGCUGCCGUGUGAGCUGCAGGCCGGUCCCCAGGUGUGCCCGAGGUAUAACCCGUGCGAGCGCAGGCACAGGCGCGCCCCCGGAGGGCUCUCAGCCCCAAAGCGCCCGAAAAAGGGCGCUCCUCUCCCGCUGCCGAGGAAACGCAGGCGGCCACGGGGAAGCGCACACGCGCGGAGAGGCCACUCGCUGAGGCGGCCACGGGGAAGCGCACACGCACGGAGAGGCCACUCGCUGAGACCAGAGACGCGCGACGUGGCCCUGUGGCCGGAGCCCUACCCCUCGCGGCUGGUUUCUAAGAAGCGGCCCCGCAGAGCCCCGGCAGCGCCGCGUCCCCCGCCCGCUCCCCCGCCCCGCGCCGCCCUCGCAGCCGCGGGCGAGCGAGCCGCGGAUCCCCGGGAGGAGGCGCGGCCGCUGCAGGCGCUGCUCGAGGGCCGCGGGCUCUGCACCAACGCCACGGCGGGCGGCAAGCUGCGGGCCCUGCUGCUGCCGGGAGCGCACGCUGCAGGAAAUUUCAGUGAUUCAGAAGAAGACAGGAGUACCAGCAGUGUAGAAAAUCAGGCCAUUCCGAACUCUCACAGGGUGCCAGAUUCCAAGUCACAUCCACCACACAUCAAAAUAGAUAUCAUCAGGAAAGUGCAAGCCAAAGAUACACAACGCUAUAAAGUCGAAUACGAUUCGCAGAGUACGGAUACGUUGAAUUUCUCUUCUGAAUCCAAACAAGAGACUGAAUAUGGUCCAUGUCGUAGAGAAAUGGAAGAUACUUUAAACCACCUAAAGAUCCUGAAUGUCUUGAGUCCCAGGGGCUUUCAUAUUCCAAAUUGUGACAAGAAGGGAUUUUACAAGAAAAAGCAAUGUCGCCCAUCCAAAGGCCGAAAACGAGGUUAUUGCUGGUGUGUGGAUAAAUAUGGACAGCCACUUCCUGGGUAUGAUGGGAAGGAAAAAGGAGAUGUCCACUGCUAUAACUUGGAAAGCAAAUGAGGGCUGGGUGCCAGCUCUUCUGGCAUCUGUGCAUGGCCACUGGACCUCACAGAGACCUUGGAGGGGCUGGGCAAACACUGUGGGACUGCACUGUGUGUGGAGUAACAAGCUCUGCCCCCUGCAGCAGAUGGGGAGCUGCAGCCCCUGUGGGUGCUGCUGCGGCUGCACCCUGCCACCGACACACAUCGAGCUUCCAUGGGAUGUGUGAGGAGCUCUGAAUUCCCAUGUAAACCUGCACUAUUCACACCCAGAGAGAGAAAAACAAAAGGCACUUCAGAAUGGAAUCAGGGAGUCUCCACUGACUUUUUAAAGAAUGGCCUGUGACCAAUUUGAUCCCAAAAGAUAAUGGGUUUUUUAUUUUAAAGAAUUUAUAGACAUUAAGCUUGUAAAAGUAUUACAAAGAAAAACAAAACCAAAAAACCCACAAGGAUUUAAAGGUAAAGCUUUUUUUUACAGGUCUGAUGGGAAACUUGUCUUCACGGGUAAAAAGUUUUAUAAAAGUCUCAAAGAACUUUUUAAAGAAAUGUAUUUCUAAAAUAAAGACGUGGCUAUUUUUUUCUGUUAAAUAUA